CUGUAGCCUAACACAAACCCUGGUGAGGUCUGCUGAAACGCGGAAAAGGCUCGUCAGACACAAACACGCUACGAUCUGUGUCUCUGAAAACGUCAGACUUGUUUUUGGCCGGUUUAACUUUGGUGUUUGUGACAAAAAUAUAGCAGACGCCUUGACAUAUCGACCAUAAUCAAGGGCCUUGAACGUGGAGCCAUGGCUGAAAGUAUGGACGAAGAAAUGUACGAUGCAACCUGUCCGCUUCAGGAAGACCUGACGUGCCCCGUGUGUAAGGGGAUCUUUCAGGACCCGGUGCUGCUUCCCUGCACCCACAGCUUCUGUCGGCAGUGCCUGGAGAAAAGCCUGCAGCUGAACAGGACGUGUCCCGUGUGUAGGAAGCCGUGUGAUGGAUCCCAGCCCAUCGCCAACCGAGCGCUCAGCGACGCCUGUGAGUCUUUCCUGAAGGAGAACCGGCGGCCGCAGUACCGGCCGGUCCCCGCCGACCACUGCAACCUGCACCACCGGGCUCUCCAGCUCUACUGUGUGAAGGACGAGGAGCCUGUGUGUGUGGACUGUGUGCCACAACACUGCUCACACCAGCUGCUGCCCAUCGAGAGGGGAGUGCCCCUCUGCCAGGAGGAGCUGCUCGUCAAAGCCCAGAUUUUGGAAAAAAAGGUGGACUUGUACAAGAAGAUGAAGCAGAAAUUCAGCAACACAGUGCAAUACAUUAAGGACCAGGCCGGGCAGGCAGAGAAACAGAUCAAGGCAGAGUUCGAGAGGCUCCGCCAGGCGCUGAUCACUGAGGAAUGUCUCAGACUGAGGGCCCUGGCUGUUGAGGAGGAGCACAAGAUUUCUGUCAUGGAGAAUUUGAUAGCCGUGACAGCCCAUGACAUCACCUCUCUGACUGAGAUGGUUGACUCUCUGAAGAAAGAGAUGUCCAAAGAGGAUGUAAACUUCUUGCGGAAUUUCCAGAAUUUAAAAAGAACAGCCCGCUGGACGUCAGAUGACCCAGAGCUCCCUGCGGACUCCCUCCUCAACAUGGGCAAGCAUGUCGGCUCUUUGAGCUUCAACAUCUGGAAGAGCAUGCAGCAACAUGUCAAACACAACCCAGUGGUGCUGAACCCCAACACGGCCUCUCCGUGGCUGUCUUUGAAUGCUGACCUGACCUCUAUGAAAGAAAGCACAGAGCGGCAGAUGCUCCCUGACAACCCGGAGCGGUUCGAUCCCUGUGUCUUUGUCCUGGGCACCGAAGGGUUCACGACUGGCAAACACCGAUGGGAUAUAAUUGUCGGCGACAACCCCAAGUGGAUGGUGGGAGUGUGCAAAGAGUCGGUGUCCCGAAAAAAGAAGUUCACCGUUUCCACAGACCGCGGCGUGUGGUCCAUUGGGUUGAGCAAAGGAGUGUACAGCGCCAUGACCCCAAAGCGCACGGCUCUGGCCGUGGAGCAGCGUCCAGAGAGGAUCCGCGUCAAACUGAACAUGGAUAAGGGAGAGGUGUCAUUUUGGGACGGUGAAACAGCGAAGCACCUGUGCACACUUACGAAUAAGUUUAAUGAGAGGAUUUAUCCACUGUUUGGCCCUGGACUCUCUAGUACACCGAUGGUUCUGUGUCCAGCUAAGGUGGCUGUACACACCUCAUAAUGUCACAGCAUAGUGCAGUGUGUUGGCUAAUCUGUGGUGGAAUGAUAUGGGAUAUAUUAAUCAGGCAAUCACUCUAAACCGGCAGAUUGUAUUUAAUGUCUUGUGAAGAUACGUUUAACUGCUUUUGAAAUUGUUUUUUUUUUUUUUCUUAAAUGUAUUCAAUUUUUAUGUUCUGAUGUUAAUUUCAACAUAAUUUUUGGCUCACUGAUUCGCUCUGUCACCUCACAGCAAAAAGGCCCGGUGUACGAAUCCCACCCUUCGUCCUCCAUAGGUGGAGUUUGUUGUAUGUUCUCCAUGUGUCUGCUUGGCUUUCUUCUGGCUGCUGCAGUUUCCCUCCACAGUCCAAACACAUGCCGGUCAGGCGAACUGAUGACUCUAAAUCGACAAUAAGUGUGAUUGUGUGUGAGCGUGUUUUUCUGUGUGUUAGCUCUGUGAUGGACUAGCAAUUUUUUCCAGGGUGUUUCUCUGCUUUCUGCACAGUGCAUGCCAGGAGAGGCUGUCCAGCUUCGCACGACUCUGAAAUGAAUAAACAGGCAUGGAAGGUG